AUGAUUGUUUCUGCUCUUUUGACAUCCGUUGGAAUAAACACCGCUCUCUGUGUUUUGUUCUUCACACUUUACUCUAUAUUGAGAAAACAACCUAGUAAUUACAAAGUCUAUAUACCAAGAUUGCUUGCUGAAGGAGCUUCACGAACAACACCUUUCAAUUUGAAACUGCUUAUACCUUCCCCUGAUUGGGUUGCAAAAGCUUGGUCCCUUCCCGAAGAACAAUUAUUCUUAUCGUCAGGUUUAGAUGCUCUUGUUUUUAUGCGUCUCAUAACCUUCAGUUUGAAAAUAUUUGCUUUUGCGGGGGUUAUUGGGAUCUUUGUGCUUCUUCCUGUCAAUUGUUGGGGAAAUCAGUUACAAGAUAUUGAUAUUCUUGAUUUUGCUGGCAACUCUUUAGAUGUGUUUACUAUAUCAAAUGUAAACAGUGGCUCUAACUGGUUGUGGGUUCAUUUUUUUGCUGUAUAUGCUGUUUCUGUAUUCACAUGCUUUCAACUUCAUCAUGAAUAUAAAUACAUAGCUUCGAAAAGAAUUUCGUAUUUUUAUUCCUCCAAACCUCAGCCGCAUCAGUUCACCAUUUUAGUUCACAGUAUUCCAACUUCGGUAAGUUGCAGUAUCAGUGACAGUGUUGAGAGCUUUUUCAAAGAGUUAUACCCGUCUACGUAUCUCUCACAUGUCGUUAUUCGCCGUACAAACAAAAUCCAAAGUCUCAUGAAUAAGUCGAAGAGUUUGUAUAAAAGGGUUGCUCAAUUACGUGCAAAUCGUACUCAAGAAAAGUAUAAACAUGGUGGUAGUGUUCUUGGACUUUUUGAAUCUAAAGAUAGUCUUAUAGAUCAUUAUGGAAAGAAGUUGGAGGACAUUGAGGAGACUGUGAGAUUGAAGCAAGCAGAGGCAUCAUUGAUAGCAGAAGAGGCUCGAGCUGCGUUUGUGUUCUUCAAGUCGCGUUACGCUGCUGCAACUGCUUUCCAUUUGCAACCAUCAAUCAAUCCAACUCAGUGGAUUACCGAGCCAGCUCCGCAACCUCAUGAUGUUUACUGGCCUUUCUUUUCUGAAUCUUUCAUGAAACAAUGGAUUUCUAAGUUGGUGGUUAUAGUUGUGUGUAUUCUUUUCACAAUCUUGUUCCUUAUACCAGUUGUAAUCGUACAAGGGCUUACCAACUUGAAACAACUAGAAGUUUUGUUUCCAUUCUUGAAAAGCAUUCUAGCCGUAAAAUUUGUUACUCAAGUGAUUACAGGAUACCUUCCGAGUCUUAUUCUUCAGAUGUCUUUGAAGUUGGUGCCUCCUGUUAUGGGCUUUCUUUCCUCCAUUCAAGGAUACAUUUCACACAGCGAUAUAGAAAUGAGCGCAUCGAAAAAAGUACAAUGGUUCACAGUAUGGAAUGUUUUUUUCGCAACCGUAUUUUCUGGCUCGGUUCUCCAUCAGGUCUAUAUCAUCCUUGACCUGAGGGAAAUUACUGGUAAACUAGCUGUUGCAGUCCCGGCGCAGGCGUCGUUUUUCAUUACUUACGUUGCGACUACCGGAUGGACAAGCGUUUCAUCGGAACUAUUUCAGAUAAUUCCUCUCAUUGUCAGUUUGAUGAAAAGACCCUUCACAAAACAAGAAAGUGAAUUGGAAGCUCCUUCUAUGGCUUACCACAGAGAUCUUCCAAGGAUCCUUUUCUUUGGACUUCUUGGUAUUUCCUAUUUCUUCUUAGCUCCGCUAAUUAUACCGUUCCUCCUGGUCUAUCUCUGUCUUGCAUACAUCAUUUACCGAAACCAGUUCAUAAAUGUAUAUACAGCAAAGUACGAAACUGGAGGGAGAUUCUGGCCUAUCGUACACGAUUCAAUGAUAUUUUCUCUAGUUCUUAUGCAACUCAUUGCAGUGGGAAGUUUUGCUUUAAAAAAACUUUCCCCAGCUUCGACAUGGACGCUUCCUCUACCAGUACUCACUCUUAUCUUUAAUUAUUACUGUCGAAGACGAUUCUUGCCUAUAUUUACCGCAUAUUCAGCAGAGAGUUUGAUAAAGAAGGAUAGGGAAGACGAAAACGAAAGCGCGAUGAAUGAAUUUUACAAUGAAUUGUUAUCUGUAUAUAAAGAUCCUGCUUUGUUUCCAAUUCAUCACUCAUCAAGUAGUGAUAGUCUUGUUAGUCCACUUUUAUCUUAA